AUGCGGGUCCCGACAGAGAUCAUUGCGGCGCGGUCGGCAUUUUUCAUGCUGCGAAAGAGAGGUGUUCUGGUGUUCCAGAAUGAGGCGUCAUACAGCGGUGGUCGGCGGCAGGCACUCACGGAGGAUGACGAGGACUGGAGGGCCUUCCUAGGGAACCCCCUGACCGCCGCCUCCAAGGCCAUGAUGCACAUCAACGGAGAUGAGGACAGUGCCAAUGCUCUCCUCUACAACUACUAUAAGGUGCCACAAGACAAGAGAACGACUGGACAUCCCAAAACAGAAGUUAUUGUGGGCGAUGCUGAUCCAAACAAAAUGAACUUCGUGGUGCCACUCCAAGAUUCCCCCCUGGCCAUGACAACUCUGAGGACCGUCCAUCGCAACAGCGCGGCCCAGGGCAGCAGCCAACCCAGCCGGGGGGACAAAACCCAGGCUCUCUACCCAGCCUCAAACUCCAUAGUCUGCAUCUCCACCACCUCCAGCCCUCCCCCCUACUCCCUCAGCCCAGAGGGGACCCAGGCCCUGCACUCCUUCCCCGGUUGCACCCCCUCUGGUCCCCACAGUUCCCAGUCAGAUGGCAUGGCCUUCAGUCGCCACCUCAACCUCAGCCAGUACAGCUCCAGAGCCCAAAGCCUCACCCCUGACUCCACCUACACAAAGUCUUACAAGGACAGCUCCAAUGAGGUCUUCCCUCCCUCUGAGGAGGUCCAGCUACGUAUGACCUCCAUCCCUCCCGGUGGAUACCCUUACUACAGCUCCACAGCAAGUCAACACUUUGAGUACAUGCUGGAGGCUCCCCAGUCCCUCUGGACCAAGAGCAGCAGUGGCCAGAUGAGCUACCUGAACAAGGCCCAGUUCUACCCCAUCACCUUGAGAGCACUAGGGGGCACCCCGCUCCAAUCUCAUCUCAGUGGAGAAGUCCGGAGUGUGGUGAUGCUUGUGUUUGGAGAGGAGAAGCUCACAGAGGACCAGCUCAAAUACUGGAAGUACUGGCACAGCAGACAGCACACAGCCAAGCAGCGUUGCAUUGAUAUUGCUGACUAUAAAGAGCGAUUCAAUACGAUCGCCAAUAUUGAGGAGAUCGCCUACAAUGCCAUCUCUUUCACAUGGGACACGAAGGACGAGCCACGGGUGUUUGUGUCUGUUAACUGUCUAAGUACAGACUUCUCCCCUCAGAAGGGAGUGAGGGGCCUUCCUCUCAACCUCCAGAUUGACACCUACAGCUUUGGGAGCCAUGGUCACAAGCUAGUACACAGAGCCUACUGCAUGAUUAAGGUGUUCUGUGACAAAGGUGCCGAGAGGAAGAUCCGAGAUGAGGAAAGGAAGCAGCCUUGCAGGAAGGGAAAGAGACAGGAGACAACCGCAGCCUAUGUGGAAGACCCUCUGCAGCUGAAGCAUGUGGCCAUAGCAUCGUUCAAAGCCAUGAGUGACAUGGACUCCCAGCCAGUUCUCUUCAUCCCAGAGGUCCACUUCCCCAGCACCCAGCACCACCAUGCAAGCCUAUCAGAUGACGGUGAGGAUAGCUUGGGGCAGAAGAGACUACUCCACUAUGAUGAGGACUUUGAGUUGGCUCCUCACAAGAAAGCAAGGCGGGACGGACCAGAGAAAGUGCUGCUUUAUGUCCGUAAGGAGACAGAGGAGGUGUUUGAUGCUCUGAUGCUGAAGACGCCCACUCUGGCAGGACUACUGGAGGCUGUAACCGAUAAAUACGAGCUGCCGCUUGAAAGAAUGGGGAAAGUCUACAAGAGGUGCAAAAAAGGAAUCUUAGUCCAUAUGGACGAUAACAUCAUCAAGCAUUACUCCAACGAGGAUGCCUUCCAGAUCAACAUGGAAGAGGUGGGGGGGGAAAUGCUGCUGACACUGACUGAGAUCUGAGCCUGGACAAGGGAAGUAUUCAUCAGGGCACAAAACUUUUUGCAACGGAAAAUGAAAAUGAGCGUUUCUUAUUUGGUACUUUUUCUACCUAGUGAAUAUGAACACAACCCUGGUCAGGGGGAGUGGAGUCUGUUGUCAUGGACCUCCAGGGGGAGACCCUUAGAGGUGGAACACAUGUUGACCCCGGCAGCUGAGGA